UUGAGAACCCAAAACUGAUCGACCCGAUCAGCAGAACAAUCAACUCCACUCGCUGUAUGCAGUACUUCCCUCACAUGUCACAGGACACGGUGAAAGAACUUUGGGCUAAGUUUCAGGAAUUUGAUGUGGAUAGAAACGAGUGUCUAGACUUUGCUGAGGUUAUCAAAGCCUUGAUGUCAAUGGGCCUACAGUUUACAGCUCAACAAGCUGAGGAAGCCAUGUUGGAAGCUGACAUCAACAAGAGUAGAACACUGGACUUCUAUGAAUACUUGGUGGUCUCGGACAAGCUCUUCUCGAAGAAAGGCCACUCAGAACUGUUUCAUACUGGAGCAGCUUUGGAGAACCGGAGAGUCAUGGCUAAAACAUGUGUCCUUCAGUGA